ACGGCUUGUACCAAAGCAAACUUAAUACAUCAAAUUUGUGCUAUUUGCAAGUCAGGAAUGGUUAUCUACCCAGAAUCUCCAGAGUCCUUAUCGAACCAAAGCCGCGUACGCGCCGAGGCCUACUCCGCUUCAAUUCUCCCCACCCCCUCCAACUCCAUGGGCGCUAUCUCAUCGAGAUGAACUACCAAAGGCCCCCUUUCGAACCCUUGCAGUUCGUCCCCGCACGAGACAGGGAGAUGAUGCUAGAUCUUCCAGUUCGGGGGAUUGAUGUCGUCGCCCAUGACUCGCUUGAAAAUGGCGGCAAUCAUUGGUGCUUUUAUCUCAAUGUUACGGAUACUACGUCGGUUCAGUUUGACAUGACUCCGUCCUACAAUAUCCCUGGUGUCACAAACCCCAACGGCAGUAAGGGCUUAUUGGUCAUUAGCUAUAUAGAGCACGCUGUUCCGAUAUCGACUACGUCACAGAAAGUCGUGCGAGUGGACGCUCGCCCUGGCAGCAAAGCGCGAGAUUUCCUCAGCUUAAUACUGAGCCAGAAGCGUCAUCAAUAUGAGUUCAAUUCUGCAGGUGAAGGCUGCAGAUUUUGGACCACCCAGCAAAUCGACCUCUUCCAGAGAUCUGGGAUCCUGAUGAACCUUCCCCAGGUGGCAGAGGCGAAAGACGCUAUUCUUACGAAGUGGCCCAGUGGAAUUGGGUAUCCUCUUGUGAUUGGCACCUACUAUCCCUGAUGGUCGUCUAUCCAUGCGCAUAUCUUGUGGAUGUUUUCCUCUGCGUGUGGUGCAAAUCGCUGUUAUAUUGCGCUCUGUCAGAUUGAUGCUUGGCUCAUUCUGUUUCUGCCAAAGAAAAGACAUAAUAGAAAAUAUAUAAAAACAUACAACAGAAGGGAUUCGCUGGU